AUGCGGGGGACUCGCUGGCUGAGGUCUGGGUUGCUGUGUGUCACCCUCUUCCUCGCCAUUGCCAAGCAGAAGCCACCUCAAUCUUCUGUCACCAACAGCUGUCACUCAAGGGAAUCACUGUCCCAAGCUGUGGACACCCUCUAUGUCAAGGCAGCCAGGCUAAAGGCAGCCAUUCCAGAAGACCGCAUAAAAAAUAUACGAUUGCUAAAAAAGAAAACAAAAAAGCUAUUUAUGAAAAGCUGCAGAUUCCAGGAACAACUUCUGGCUUUCUUUAUGGAAGAUGUUUUUGAUCAGCUCCAGUUCCAAAUUUACAAGGAAAUACAUUUUGUAGAAGACUUUCACAGCCUCAGACAGAAACUGAGGCGCUGUAUGUCCUGUGUUUCAUCAGGAGAACAGAUGAAAGCUAUUACCAGGAUGAAAAGAACAUUUUAUAGGAUUGGAUACAAAGGAAUUUAUAAAGCCAUCAGUGAACUGGAUAUUCUUCUGUCCUGGAUUAAAGCACUUUUAGGAAGCCAGCUACACUGA